UUAUUCUAAUGUUGCUCAAGGUAACUGCCAAUGCAGGACAAAGAAUUGGAACCCUGAUCGACUUGGCAUCGGACACAAACUACAUCACUCACAGAGCUGCCAGAAGAUUAAAUCUUCGAAGUGAAAACAUCACUUUAGUCGUUCAUGGAGUCGGAGGAAUGGCCAUGAAGGUUAGAACCAGAAGAUAUCUCCUCAGAGUGAGGGUCAAAACGCCCAUAGGCACGGAAAGAGCUCAUGAGCUUAUCUGCUAUGGUUUGAAUGAAAUUGCCAACGUCCACAGAGUCAUCAAACCUGAGCAACUCAAGAAGUUCUUCCCAGAAGUCAAUCUAGGAGAUCUGAGUAGACCAGAGAAUAUUGAGCUACUGAUAAGCCACCGCGAAGGAAGACUUGCUCCGCAAAGAGUGAAGGUGAUUGGAGACCUUGUCUUGUGGGAAGGCCCGCUAGGAAAGACUGUUGGUGGAGCACAUCCAGAUCUGUUUGAAGAAGUGGAUAUAGCCGCACACAGGUCUGAAACACACUUUGCUCGAUCCAUGAAAGCAACUGCUGUCAAAUAUCAAGAGAUAGCUAAGCUGUUCACAGCUGAAACCAAAGGAACAGUUGCUCACAGAGAGUUCUUGGAUUGGUGGAAGUGGGACAGCAUUGGAGCAGCUUGCGACCCAAAGUGUGGAGGAUGCCGGUGCGGCAACUGUCAACCAGGAGGCAAAGAAAUGACUCUGAGUGAGGAAAGAGAGCUGGAGAUCAUAAGGAAAGGCCUCACCUACAUCAAAGCAGAUGCUCACAGUGAUGAACCCCACUGGGACACAAAAUACCCCUGGAUUCAAGAUCCAAGUUCCCUUCCUGACAAUAGGAGUGGGGUGGAAGCCACCUUCUUGAGAACAGAAAAGCAACUCAAAAAAGAGCCAGAGUGGAGAAUAGCAUACACAGCUCAAGUCCAUGAAAUGGUCGAGAGAAGAGCAGCGAAGAAACUCACCAAAGAGCUCAUUGCCAGCUGGAAGGGGCCAGUAUGGUAUGUCAGCCACUUGGUGGCAGCAAACCCGCACUCUCUCACAACACCUGUGAGACUGGUAUGGAACAGCAGCCAGAAGUUUAGAGGGGUCAGCAUGAAUGACCUUCUGCUGAAAGGGCCUGAUGUCCUCAAUCCCAUCCGAGCAGUACUACUCAGGUUCAGGAGAGGCGUCAAUGCUGCCCUCGGCGACAUUAAGAAAAUGUACAAUUCUGUGUGGUUGGAAGACCUGGAGAUGCACCUCCACAGAUUUCUCUGGAGAGACACUGAGGAGGAAGAGAUUGAAGAGUAUGCGAUCACCAGAGUCAAUAUUGGCGAUCGACCAGCAGGGUGCAUUGCGCAAUUGGCUAUGAGAGAGACAAGCAAACUGCCCAUGUUUGCUCACCUGGAGGAGGAACGUAGGAUCCUUGAAGAGGAUACCUAUGUCGAUGACAUCCUGACUUCCCAUAAUGACUUGCAAAAGCUGGACCAGAACACCAAAAGUGUUGAAGAGAUCCUGAAGGCAGGCGGCUUCGUCCUCAAGCCCUGGGUCCGGUCAGAUCAAAGUGGGAGGCAGGAGAUCGUACCAGAAGAACAAGGAGCGCAGUCAAGCACAGCACUCAUUCUCCCAAACCAAAUGAGGGAAGGAUACAAUAAAGCCCUUGGAGUUGGAUACCUUGUUGAGGAGGAUAGACUGUACCUCAUGACUUCAAUCAAUUUCUCAAAGAGGAAAGGGAAAAUGAGAGUCGGCCAAAAUCUCCUUGAUGAAGAGGUGAGAGGGAAAACUCCAAACCCACUGACGAGAAGAGAACUGCUGAGCCAGGUAGCUAGCCUGUAUGACCCAAUAGGCCUCGUCACACCUGCCAAACAAAAGGGUGCCAUUCUUGUCAGAAAGGCGUUUCAGGAAGCUGGAGGCAAAACUCUGAACCGAGACACUUGGGACAAACCUUUGUCUGAAAAUUUGAGGGAAGAAGCCAUCCAAUUCUUUGAGGAAUACACACGUCUUGGCCAAAUCACCUUUCACAGAAGCCUCACACCAGCCAACUGGAUUGGAAAACCAUGGGGAAUAACAUUCUCUGAUGGAAGUGACAAGAGCUAUGGAGCCGUAGUGUACUUAAGAUGGGAGACCCAGCAAGGCAUCAAAGUCAGACUGGUUGAAUCCAAAGCAAAGCUCACACCAUUGGACCAAAAGGGAGAACCAGUAAAAGCUGAAAUCUGCGGUGCUGUCUAUGCAGCACGACUUCGAAAAGUUGGAGAGAUCCAGAAAUCCACAUCCAUAGAAGACUGGUGGUGGAUCCCAGGAAGCCUGAACAGUGCUGACAUCAUAACAAGAGGGGCAGCCCCAGAAGACCUCCAGGAAUAUUCCAUGUGGCAGGAUGGACCAGCAUUCCUGAGGAAACCUGUGAAAGAGUGGCCACAUAAGUCAGCCAAAGAAAUCGCUGCGUAUGCCAAGGAAGGUAUAAACAAACUUCGAAGGAAAGCUUUCUCGGCAGCACUGACCAGAGCGCAGGUCAAGAGAAACCAGAGUGAUGCACAGCAAAAUAACCCAGAUGAACCCAAGACUCGGAUCCGAAGAUCACCAGCCGGCUCUGCGGUAACAAAACUGAUUGACAUCAGGAAAUUCAGCAAUCUGACCAGGCUGAUCCGAGUCAUUGCCUGGGUUUGGAGAGCCGCAACGAGAUGGAAAGAAAUGUUAACCAAGAAUUCAGCCUCAGAUAAACCAAAGUGGGAGGACGCUCUUUCAACAAACUGGAGGUACAGAGCCAAACAAGCUGUACUCACUGUCGGGGAGUGUGAGGAUGCACUAAGAGACUUGUUCCUUGCAGCUCAAGAAGGUAUAACCUUUCAAGAUACCACUCUCAACAGACUCGCUGUUUACAGAGAUAAAGAGACUGGGCUCUUAGUUUGUGGAGGAAGGUUCCAGAUCUUUGAUGAGGAGGAAACUGCCGUACCAAUUCUACCAUAUGAGGCAUGGAUAUCCACUCUCCUAGCUCAAGAGGCCCAUGGUGCAAAUCAUGAAGAAAUAGCAGGCACACUCCUCCGGAUGAGGAAGAAAGCCUGGGUGAUAAAAGGCCGGAAGCUGGCUAAAAAGAGAGUUGACAAUUGUGUGGUGUGCAGAAAGGCCAGGGCCAGAAAGUGCCAACAGAUCAUGAGUGACCUUCCAUCCGAGCGGAUAACACCAGCCAGACCAUUUGAGUACACAACAGUGGACUUAUUUGGACCGUAUGAAGUCAAGGACGAGGUGAAAAAGAAAACCAAGCUCAAGGUGUGGGGUAUUGUCUUCUGUUGCAUGGUAUCCAGAGCUAUGCACACAGAUGUUGUCAGUGACCAGUCGACGGAAGGCUUCCUACUGGCUUACCAAAGAUUCACGGCACUGAGAGGGCACCCAAAGAAAUUGUGGUCAGAUCCUGGAAAGAACUUUGUGGGUGCCAGACCUGCCCUCAAAGAACUCUACAUCUUCUUGGAUCAACUAGAUAAAUCUGAGCUUGAAAAUGAAGCUUCCAAGCAUGGGACAGAAUGGAGCUGGAAAAUCCACCCAGCAGACUCCCCUCACAGGAAUGGAGCUGCAGAAGCAGCUGUUCGUACUGUGAAGCGGGCUUUGCACAACCUGGGAGGAGAAGGACUCUUCACAUGGACUGAGUUUCAAACAUUUCUCUACACGGCUGCUAACCUUGCCAAUGAGAGGCCCAUAGAUGCAAGAACUCAAAGCCGGGAGGACUGCAUAGAAUACAUCAGCCCAAAUUCCCUUCUGCUUGGACGGAUUGGACCCAGAGGAGAUCUUGGAUGCUUUGAUUUUGAAAGGUACCCAUACAAAAGAUUGAGAGCUAUCCAAACAGAAGUUGACCGGUUCUGGAGGAAGUGGAGUCAGUUAGCUGGGCCCAAUCUAUUCGUGAGGAGUAAAUGGCACACAACACAUAGGAAUGUGGCUGUUGGAGAUGUUGUCUGGCUGGCUGACCAAAAUGCCUGGAGGGGUCACUACAAACUAGCCAGAGUCAUCAGUGUCAACAUUGACAAGAAGGGCAUCGUCAGAGAUGUGCAUGUCAGAACUUUUCCCAGCUACCCAGUCCCAACUGUGAAGCCUGCUCAAGAGAAGUCAAAGACACUCUCAACUAAAAUACCUGCUACAGUUCUUCAUAGGGAUGUCAGACGCAUCAUUGUUAUACUUCCUGUUGAAGAAGGAAGAGCCUGAUAGCUGAAAUCGAACAUGCCCCAACACAGAGGUUCGUGUGACCUCCUUCGGUUCAAGAACCAGGAGGUCAAGUGGGAGGUGUUGCGUCAAAACAGAACACUCAAAACAUGAGCACAAUGGCAGCUCUUCCUUUAAAGACCUCCAGGCCUCAAGAGGGCAGAUAACCCAAAAAACACGGGUGGAACUAAAAAAUUGAGCCAGGAUUUCUGGAGGGACUACUUUUACAUGCGCACCUGUCAGAUAAGCAUGGGUAUAAAAUGUUUGGUCCUCAACAUACACACAGCUCAUUGUUCAACCCUAAAGACGCAACUGGUAUGUAAUGUUUGGAAUUAUUUAUUAUGUUGCAUCCAGUGCUUAGCACAAUUUACAUGUUUAACUCUGGUAGGAAUUUUGACUUUUGUUGUGGAUAUUUUCUGACCUCAGAAGUAAUUGCUAGAAGUGCUAGAUUAAAUUGUUUAAACGUUUACUUUAUUCAAAGCCAUGCUUUGUUGCUGUGUCAUGCAUUGUUUAGUGUAAAAUAAUGCAUGUUUAUUCUCUGUUUAAGGUUAUCAACCUAUUCCUAGUGCUAGUGCUAUUCCUAGUGCUAGUGCUAUUCCUAGUGCUAGUGCUAUUCCUAUUGCUAGUGCUAUUCCUAUUCCCUAUUCCUCUGUGAUUCAACUACUCUAUUCAACAAAUCAACUAUUUCAACAUAUUCAACAAAUGGCAUCAAAACCAUAAUAAAACACUGGAAAGGAA